AUGGAAUCGACAAUCGGGAAGGCAUUUUCUCGAACCUUUGGGCGCAAGUCCUCUGCACCGGCACCAAAGCCCACAACAACAACUGCCCCCUCACCACCCGUUUCCCCUCAACCAGCUGAAGCUGCAGUUCCUCCCAACAAGCAAGUCUUUAUUGACACAAACCCAAACACCCUCGCCAAAGGGGUUCAUGGCAAGGGGUAUUCCAACGGCUACGAUCAGAAUGGUCUCAUGUCACCCGACUCUAUCCCCUCGCCCGCCUUGCAGGCGACCAUCUCUCCUCCUGACUCGGCAGUUCCCUUUUCCCCAGAGAAUUCGACCGCCUCUCCUGUGCACUUUGCCACCAAUGGCAAUGGCAAUAUCGCAGGAGCAAUGUCCCCAAGGAUGACACAUACUACCCAUACGCGCGAGUCGACCGUGAUGUCAACCACAAGCACCGAUGGAGAAAUGAUGCCUGUAGGUGAUAGCCAUGGCCUCAACCCUGCAGAUAUCCUCUUGAGCCGUCUCUUGUCCUACCGUGCAAUCGUCAAGAACCUGCAGCUGUACUUUAUCGAGAUUGCGAUGGUCGAACAGGGGACCUCCAAGGCCUUACAGCGAGCCUCGACGUUGAUUUAUGUCCCCUUUAAGGACGGACACCAAUUUGUGGGUCAGGGCGGGUUGCAGGAUGUUUGUAUCGGCGUUCGGGAUUCGGCCAAGACCAGGAGUGAGCAACAUGCGGCGGCGGCUCGGUUUGUGGACGAGACGAUUGUCAAGAAUUUGAGGCGACUGAAACAAGAUAUCAAGUCGAAGGUCAAGGCGCUCAAGGCGGACAGCAGUUUGUAUAACAUGAAGGUGUUCAAGGAGCGAGAGGCGUCUCAGGAGCGGAUUGGACAGUUGGCCAAGGCUAUUGGGUUGCUGGAGAAGGUUGGUGGUGGACAUCAUACGGAUAUUCAUUCCGACCCCUACUUGAUCCAUCUCGCACUGAAACGACAACUGGCAAGACAGGUCCACGAGGAGAACCUAUUCGCUCGAGGACUUCAACAAUGUCAGGAACAGAUCCGCAUCUUCGAGUCCCACAUCGUCAAGGAAAUCAAACAGAUCCUUGCUUCUUUUGCACAGCACCAGCUGAGCCACGCCAGCGCAGGGUUCAGUCAGUCCUGGGCACAUACCGAGAUGGCUCUCCAAGUUCUGCAGGAGGACACCGAAUGGCGCCACUUCCUGGACAAGAACAAAGCUCGUCUCUUCCCCUCGGAACUUGUCGAUGCCAACCCGGAGGAACUGGACUACCCCUGUAAGGAGAACCCGUAUGUGAUCCCUAUCAAGACGGCCCAUUUGAAUCGACAGUCUUCAGUCUUCAAGAACUGGAAGGAUGGGUUCUUUGUGUUGACACUUGCCGGUUGGUUGCAUGUUUUCUCGUCGUCCAAGGAUCUGGGAACAGAUUCUAUCCCAGAGAGAUCAAUUCAUUUGCCAACAGCUGUUUUGGGACCACAUUCGGAUUCUGCGCAGAAGCAGCAUGUCUUUUCUUUGGACGGCAAGGGUAUGGGUGGAAUCCUCCACCGCGAUGCUCAAACCUUCACGGUCCGAGCUCACUCCAGAGAAGAAAUGUUGGACUGGUGGGGCGAGAUCGCCAAGCAUACUCAGGCAGCAUUAGUCACCCAGGUAGCAGCCGGUGCCAACUUCGGCCAUUCUUCUUCUACGAUCAUCCGACCUGGGCCAAAGUCUCCUGAACCCGCUCACGCCACAGCAUUCAACCAAGAACCAUCACCUCCUUAUGUGCACUCAAAUGAUAAGGCAGAGGUACCUGAUACUGCUGCCGCUGCUGCUCCUGUUACCGUUACGACUCCUACUACCACGAGCACCGCCAAUGGAGCCCUUCCCUCCGCCGCAGUGGACGCGGCGAACGGUCAAACGACCUUCUUGCCUGAAAAUACACAUACCCAACAAGAUCAGAGCCACAUGAAGCGCCAAAAUACUGGCUCUACGGUCUCCCUCAACACCUCCGGACUCGUCUGA